AUACAUAUAGCAUAGCAACCAUAUCAGUGUCAAACAUUAAAACUUCGAAACAAAAUUUAGUUUCCGAGAAAACUAGUUUAGUUGAACAAAAUGGCAGCUACCCAAGAUUACAAGCCUGGCGAUAUUCCAUACGAGGAGCAAGAUGAUCGCAGAUUGUUCUGUAAAUUCCACUACAAAGGUGUUCUCAUUUUGGUCAUACCUAUAUUACUUGGACCUAUAUUAAUCGGACAUCCAGUUUUGGUUUGCCGCUUCUUGUACAUAUCAUUAUGUUUUUACCUAUUCUAUAUCCUAAAUUUAAUGGCCCGAGGAGCGGUAGCCUUUAUCUACAUCACGUUUAUACCCAUUGCGGGCAUUGCGUCCUCGGGCCAGGUCGGAACCGCCUACUACAGCGAUCUAAUAUUCUUGGUGUUCGGAUCUGUUUUCCUGGGGAUUAUGAUGGACAGUUCUAGGCUCAGCGAACGCCUGGCGAUGUGUGUUAUCGCCAUUGUUGGUAGCAGUCUGAAACGUCUUCAGAUUUUCUUGACCGGUGUCGUUUUUAUUGUUGCCUUCUUGGUGCACCCAGUAUUAGCCGCCGCCUUUUGGAUGAAAGUGUCCCAGGCGGUGAUAACGGAAUACAAUAAUGCUGGCGUUGUGGUAAUGAACUCUGAUGAAAAACCCUACGAGGUUGGAUCCAAGCCAUAUCCUACGCGUCCUGUAAUCGGGAUUUAUCUAACCUGUUGCUAUACCGGCACAAUAGCUGCCUGUCUUUCUCCUUUCGUGAAUCCCAACGGUGCCAUAGUCGACGCUUACUGGGGAUUUUUUAGUGUUAUAGGCAUGAUGAUGAUUAUGGCGGUGCCGGCCAUAUUGGGGCUGGUUGUGAUGGUCCUUUGGAUUCACAUCCUCUUCCUCGGACUUUUCGGUGGCAGUGUGAAAAGAGACCUGGCAGAGCUGGAUGGAAAUAGGGCGGGCUUCAAGCAGACCAUAGCCGACAGGAAAGAGGCGUUGGGGCCCUGGACCGUAUAUCCCAUACUGGUCUUAUUGCUGAUAAUCAUAACAUUCAUACUGGUUGCCACACGCAAGCCGCGAGUCUUUAGGGGCUGGGAUGAUGUAAACCUUUAUAUGGAGUCAGGUUACUCGGUCGCGGUUAUUGGCAUUGCCAUUGUAUUCUUCGCUCUUCCGGCCAACUACUUCUUCUGCAAGUAUUACGUCUGCCGCCGGCCGACCAAGGAGGGCACUGCUCCCUCACUUCUCGGCUGGAAGGCGGUGAAUACCAAUACUCCUUGGGCCGAUAUCUUCAUGCUGGGCGCCGCCGUUUGCUGUAUCUAUUGUGCCCAGGCAUGCGGCUUUAUUGCCCUCGUGGCAGAGUCCACGGGCAGCAACGAACCUAAAUUGGGUGGGGCGCAGUUCAUUGUCGGGACCCUGUUUGGAACCCUGCUGACGAAUCUAUCACCGGGUACUACCGUGGCCAGGAUAGCUCUUCCCACCAUCGCAAGAGGGGGAGUUAGCUUUUCCCUGCCGUUCGCCACCGCACUGCACAAUCAGUUUUUGCUACCCGUGAGCUGCCCCGGAAACCUUAUCGUUGCCGGCUGGGGCAAUAUAAGACCUUUCCAAUUCUUGUUGGCUGGAAGUGUCCUGGCGAUUUUCAUGUUCAUUACGAUAGCUGGCUUUACCGCGUUGCUCGGCAGCAGGGCUGUACCAUUUUUCUAAUUUAAUAAUUUAAUGGUUUUCAGUGCAUGCUAACCCCCAAAUAUCUGUUUCGAUCUCGACCGCAUUUAAUAAAAUUACCCAGUAACCAAUCUGCAUUGCAG